UCGAUCCUUUUUAAUUAAUUAGAGCGAUGACAAAGGGUGAGUCUAAUCCAUCAUCUCCCAUAUGGGAUGUAGAAAAUGGACAUUCUGCCUCUUCUUGUGCUGAUGAGAAGAAACUCAAAUUAUUUGGUUUUGAUCUGAAGCCAUAUUAUAAUAAGAUCAAGAACGAGAGCAAUCUGAAAGGCCAUGCGGAUGGAGAUUAUGAGAGUGCAAACUCAUCUUCAACAUCAGCUUCCUCUGGAAGAGAUCAGAAACCAGCUUCCAAGGAGAGCUUAGCAGCCGGGGGCCCUGCAGAUGACAAUAAAAGAUUUGAGUGCCAAUAUUGUUUCAAGGAAUUCGCAAACUCACAGGCAUUGGGAGGCCAUCAAAAUGCCCAUAAGAAGGAGAGGAUGAAGAAGAAGAGGUUGCAGCUUCAAGCCAGGAAGGCCAGCAGUAUCAACUGUUACCUACAACCUCUGAAAAACAACCUGCUGCAUGGUUUUCCAUCCAACGGUCCUAUGCCUUUGCUUUACAGUAGUACUCCCCCAUCUUGUAGUACUACUAGUGAUCAUCAGUUCAAACUCUAUGAUCAUGAAUCUCAGAUUUGUUUCAAUCCCUUUGAUGAUCAUCAAGAUACCCUGCAUCUUCGAACUGGGUCAAGGUUAUCAAAGUGGUAUGCUGUACCUGCUGCUCACAUAUCUUUCCAACAAGAUUCACGUACCUUCAGUUUAACACAUAGUACUGACAGAUCCGGAGAGAACAGGCAUGCAGUUGUCUUUAAGCCCUCUUCUCCUUUACCCUCUUCCCAGCAGAGUUUUAAAUCUCUGGAUCUUCAAUUAGGUCUAGGCAUUCAAUCAAAUAUACGAAGCUAG